UCUGCAGAGCCAAGGAAAGUGACCCGUUCAAGAGCUGUUGGCAAACUGCAAUCUGUUCUGGAAUGUCCAGGUCUCCUGACUUGUGAUAUAAUAGAACUUCCCGGGCAUAUCCACCAAUUGCAGCCCGGUUGGUUGGGAAACUAGAACUGUUGGGUGCAAUUAAAUAAUUUUGAAUGUUACUAAGAGAAGCUGUUGUUAUCUAGCUUGAGUUACAGACUGCAGGAGACAGCAGCUCCAUGCCUCAGGAUGAGAAGGACCCCGAGAUGUCCACCUCCACAAAUGAUCCAAAGGAGGCUGAAUUAGAGACAAAAGGAGACAUGGGAGAUCUGUAUGAGGCCCUGGAGAAGCUCCAGGGGCUCUCUGAUGGGGAGAAGGGAGAGAAAGCUCUGCUACGCUCACGCCUUCAUGAGCAGUCUCAGCUCAUCUGCAUAUUGAAGAAGCGAGCAGAUGAUACCCUAAUGCGCUGCAAGGCACUGGAGAGUCUCAACAUGGAGCUGGAGGAGUUGAAGAUGGAGGAUAGUGUGAGGCUUGAAAGUCAGACCCGGCGGGCCCAGCAGCUGGAGGAGCGCUUUAUGGACCUGGCUGCCAACCAUGAGGACAUGAUCCGCUUCAAAGAUGAGCACAAGCAGCAGAACAUGCUGCUGAGGGAGGAAAAUAAGCGCCUGAGGCAGGAAAACCAAACCCUUUUCAGCCAGGCUCUGAAGGAGAAGGAGGCUGCGGUCCUCCAACUCACUUCCCAGGGGAAGAGGCUCUCUCAGGAGGUAGAUUCCUUAAAGGAGAGAUGUGCUCAAGAGAGCCACAGAGCCCAGGAGCGAGAGAAGGAGCUACUGGAAGCUCAGAGCCAACAAGCCAGUGUCCAUGCCAAGGAAACUGAUUUACUGAGAAGCCAGCUGCAAAGUCUGGAGGAGAAGCAUUGCCAAACUGUUGCACAGCUGGAGCAGGCAGAAAGGCAGCAAAAGGCUGAGGGCAGCGAGCUGCAAGCCAAGUUGGAGAGGGUGAGCCGUGAGAAAGAGGAGCUGCUGCAUCUGGCUAUGGAGAGGGGCAAGACACUGCAGGAGAAGCAACGGGAAAUUCAGCAGCUGGAGAAGAAACUGGAGAUUGCAGAGAGGGCCAGGCUGACAGCAGAGGAGCGCUUUGUGAGAGAGGUAGCAGCAGUGGACAGCAACCUAAGGGUCCAAGAGCUGCAGCAACGUGUGGAGGGAAGUGAGCAAGCAUACAGUGAGCUCUGGAUGCAGUUUGAUGCUUACAAGAAACACAGCAUGGACUUACUUACUAAAGAAAAAGAGCUGAAUAACAAACUCCGUCACUUCAUGUCAUAACCCCUCACCCUCUGUUCAGCUCUCAGCAGAACUAUUAUAGCACACUACUUACUGCUUGUUAGUAACCCUUUUUAAAAAAACUAAAAUGAUCUUUUAUCAGAUUUCUUUAUAGUGUGCCCACAGCUUUACAAAUCUUUUAUGAGGGUUGGUUUGAAGCCCA